CUGUGACUGUUGCAAUGCGUUGUCGCGUGAGUUAGCGUGCCAAAACUUCAAUUUCUUGUGUCUCGAGACAGUUUUCAGCGUAUUCUGACUACUAAAAAUAAGCUGCGAGACAACGAGAUCCUGGAUUUUUUAUUUUCACUGCCAGAUAAUCCAGAAGAAUCGGACAUUGAAGCUGAUGAUGAUGAUCUAGAGGAGGUUUUUUCAUCUCAUGAUCAUUUGUCUACUCCAAGCACACCAUUAGAAAUAUGGACACACAAUUAUAUGGAACAGAUUGCCAACAACAAUGUGCAACUAGAUUCGUUGAUAGAUGAAGACAUCAGUGUUGUGAGUGGAAGUGGAGUGAAUUUUGAGCAAGAUGAUGAAACUGGUGAAUUUACAGAUUGUCACUGGGAUGAUGAUGUAACUCACUUUGAAGAAUUAAAUUUACCCUGCAGUGUUCGACCCAAAACCAACAGCAAACUUUGCUUUGGCAGCCAAUGAACUUGUGUAUUUUGAAAAAUUAUUUGACGAUUCGAUGAUGCAACAGAUCUGCUUUCAAACAAAUUUGUAUGCCAAACUGAAGAACAGUGCACAGUGGAGGGAACUCACAGUUCAGGAACUAAAAGCUUUUCUGGGUAUGAUCAUAGUAAUGGGUAUUCAUCAGUUACCUGAAGCAGCCAUUUACUGGAGCUCAGACCCAUAUCUAAAUGUAAAUGCAGUAUCGAAUGUUAUGACACUUGCUCGCUAUAAGAAAAUAAUGGAGAACCUUCACUGCAAUGAUAAUUUGUUUCAGCCAGCAACAAAUGAUCCUGGUUAUGACAAGUUGUACAAAAUCAGACCACUUAUCUCAGCCCUAAACAAAAACUGUUUGAAAGUAUAUCACCCAUCUACUUCACUUGCAGUUGAUGAGUCAGUGGUUGCAUUCAAAGGAAGAACAAGCCUGAAACAGUACAUGCCCAUGAAACCUGUAAAAAGAGGUUAUAAAAUUUGGUGCCUUGCUGAUGUAAACACAGGUUUUAUUUCAAAUUUUGAUGUCUACACAGGUAAAUCUGCUGCCAGUAGAGGGGAAUUCAAAGAUUGCCAAAUGUGUGAAAGAGUAGUGCUGGAACUCUGUAAACCAUUUUUUAAUUCUAAUAGAACUGUGGUUUUUGAUCAUUUAUUUUCAACAUUUAGACUAAUGAAGCAACUGAGAAAACGGGUCUUUAUAGCUGUGGUACCAUCAGAGGAAACAGAAAAGGCCUACCUCAAUUUUUGGCAAGUAAAUUACAAAGUCUAAUCCAUGGAGAGUUCACAUUUGCUGUGAAAUCUGGUGUUGCUGCUGUUAAGUGGCAAGAUAGCAAAGCAGUCUGCCUCCUUUCCACUGCACAUAAUCCUAAAGAUGUUGUAUUCAUCAAAAGAAAAUUGAAAGAUGGAUCCACAAUCAGGAUUUCAUGUCCUGAAGUAGUACAUGUUUAUAAUAGUACUAUGGGUGGAGUAGAUCAUUUUGACCAGCUACGAGAAAGGUAUAUAGUUGGCAGGCGAUCAGUAAAAUGGUGGCACCGACUAUUUUAGUUUUUUGUUGACUUAGCCAUCGUCAACUCUUAUGUACUAUUUCAACUGUCAAGACGAAACGCAAACCAGCUGUCAUUUAGAAUGAGACUAGCAAGGCAAUUGAUAAAUGGAUUUUCAUCAAAAAUGAAGAAGGGCCCAUCACCUGCUUUCUGUUCUAGCGAAAGAGGUGUCACUAAAGGGCCACAGGAAGUAAGGCUUAUGAAUGUCAGGUCUCAUUUUCCCAAGGAGCAAAAGACCAGGAGGCGGUGUAGGUUUUGCAG